CGUGUCUUUGUUACCAAACAAAGAUGGCGGAAGAGUACGAGUCGAUACAGCUAGUGAAGCAAGAAGCUUUCAUUUAUCAGAUACCGCCCAGGGUCUCCACUACCCGCGCUGUUAGAGCUGCUGAUUGGAAUCUUGCUGCCCCUGACUUUAAAGGAAGACUAAAGAUAGUCUCUAAAAAGAAUGAGUGCUUCAUUAAACUGGAGGACCGAUCUGGUGAGUUGUUUGCAGUCUGUCCAGUGGAUUCUUUCCCUGGUUUAGCUGUCGAGCCAGUCUCUGACUCCAGUAGAUACUUUGUACUCAGACUAAAGGAUCCAUCAGGUCGUCAUGCUUUUGUCGGUUUGGGUUUUCAAGAUCGUGGAGACGCUUUUGAUUUCAACGUCUCAUUAAUGGAGCACUUUAAAGGUAUUAAAAGAGAUGAGAAGAUUGCUAAGGAAGAGACUGAGCCUAAACUGACGGUUGACUACAGCUUGAAGCAAGGAGAGAAGAUAUCAGUCAACAUUGGAGCUAAAUUGAAGCUUGGUGCUGAUGACCCAGGAGCUAAAGACAAGCCUCUGAUUGGUCUGUCUGCUGCUGGUGGUCUUUUACCUCCUCCUGUGUCCAGCAGUCGUCCAGUGAAACCUCCAACAGUCCCUGCUCCAUCCACCACCUCAGGCAGUGAUGAUUGGGGAGACUUCUUUUCAGCUACUGCAACUGGAAACAGUUCUACUAGCAGCAGUGGCAAUACAACUAGUGGGACAAACUCAAGUGGUGGUGGUGGUUGGGUUCAGUUUUAGUUUGUCUUUCAAGGACUGGAAGAUUAUGAAAAGUGCCCAAUUUUGUAUGUGAAACUUUUUAAUGCAUUACAACAGAAGGAGCUAUGUUAUAAAUAUUUUAGUAUUAUUGUAUUAUUAUUAUUAUUAUUAUUAUUAUUAUUAUUUGCAAAAGAUAGUUGAGAGGGGCAAUGUACUAAUGUAAUAUUAUGCAGUAAGUUUAUUCAAGAAUUGAAUUGUUGACAACUA